AUGUCCCCAGCUAUUCAUCGCUUCAUUUCAGCCGACUUUUCGACCAAUCUCCGCGGUUUGCGGCUCGUGCAUUUAUUGCGAGGCAUCACGACGGCUGGACAGAAGCAGAAAGGCGAUGUGUCCUUCAAAGAGAUGUUAGAAGUGUUAGCGAGCGCCACAGGAUGUAGAUCCACACUAGAUCUCCCAACCCGACCGCAGGUCGCCGAGCUUCUGAAAAGCGUCCAGGAUUCCAAGCGAGCCAUAGCCGCGAAGGUUGGUUCUGAUGCCAACAUAGAGGCACGCAAGUAUCGCCAUCUGACAGAGCAGCUUUUGCAAAUGGUGAAGGCGAGUGAACUCUCUAUUGCGAGUGUCUCACGCGGUUUGUUCAGUGCAUCUUUAGGCCAUCUGCUGGCGCAGGACGGAAAACUUAGUACCGACCACCGACUUUAUAGUAUGACGCAAGCAGUGCAGUUGUUUCACACCACUGAGAGGAUUACGAGAGAGGUUCGAGCGCAAUUCAAAAUUUGGGAAGCUGCGAAUAUGCUGGAACAUAAUGACCCUACUAUUUCCGAACUCACACAUAUCGUGAAGAGAGCAGAGGAGGAGACAUACGCCUACGAGGAUGAUAUGGCCGAGGAAGACAAUGUGGAGUGGUACAAAGGACAAUCCGUUGCCGCCGAACAGCUCAUCAAUAUGCUUCUGUUGGCUCUGUCCGACGAGGUUUUCAACCCGGAAACGUAUGGUGCUCGCUUCACUCUUUCGAAUUAUAUGUCCAUCUGUCUUGCAUCCAAGUUCCGAAAGCGUCUCGCUGCGACUUGCAAGUUUAGGUCGCAUGCCUACUCGAACAUCGCAACCCCCGCACAAUUGGAGGCCAAUGAAGUCCAUCAAAUUGACCAAUGGUGCAAGUUAAGGACGAAUGUGUAG